GCAGGGAAUGUUGCGAUGCCGCUUCUGGAAGCUGUCAAACAGGAAGUUGGAUUUGUUGUGGUGGAGAUGUUCCGCCGUGCGCUGCAGAGUACCUUGGGUUUUGUGGGCUACACAAUUCAGUAUGGCUGCAUCGCACACUGUGCCUUCGAAUACAUUGGAGAGUUUGUGGUGUGUUCCGGUCCAUCCAUGGAGCCCACCAUCGUCAACCAUGAUAUUGUCUUCUCCGAACGGAUGAGUCGCCAUUUUUGUAACAUACAAAAGGGCGAUAUUGUAAUUUGCAAGAGUCAGUUUGACCCAAAUAUGAACAUUUGCAAAAGGGUAAUUGGUUUGGAGGGCGAGAAGGUCUGCACUAGUGGCCCAUCAGAUUUUUUCAGGACACACACCUUUGUUCCAAAAGGCCACGUAUGGCUAGAAGGGGAUAACCUCAGGAAUUCCAGUGACUCAAGAAACUAUGGCCCAGUUCCCUACGCUCUCAUCCGUGGGCGUGUUUGCUUUAAGCUCUGGCCGCCGCAUAGUUUUGGCACCUUGAAUGAAAGCCCAAUCAAACGGAUCAUUAAAACCCAGAGUGACUCAGACUCGGACUGACUCAUCAGCUUUGUACAGACUGUGUUUUGCUUUGUUUUCAGUAAUUUUUAAAUAAAACUGAUAUUUAUUGGGGAAAAAAAA